AUGUGCAAGUGCAGGACGCGGUGCAGCACGGUGCAGGGCACCAUCAACGCUUGGACGCGCCUGGGGCGCAACAAGGGGGUAGGCCCGGACGGCCUUCCUGCCGAGUUUCUCGUGGCUGCUGCCCCAGUGAUGGCACCGUUCGCCACCGAGCUGUACAACGACGUGAUCAAGUACGAGCGUUGGCCUGUCUCGUGGACUGGCGGACGCAUGCAGGACAUCUUUAAGAACAAGGGGGAUCGUGCUGUCUGUGACGACUCGCGGGGCAUCAUCCUCGAAGAUCACCUGGCCAAAGGGCUGAAACAGCACUUGGCCCAGUCCGUGAUGCCUGCGUACACGGCUCACCAGCCUCCAGCGCAGCAUGGGGCAGUGCAUGGACGUAGCACGGACUUCGCGACGCAUUUUGUUCGCGAGGCUCUGGAAUACGCUGCUUCCGCCCGCCUGUGCAUCUUUGUUUUGUUCAUGGACCUUGUGAAGGCGUUCGACCGGAUCGUCAGGGAGGUCACCCUGGGAUGGCCGGCCGGAGCCGAUGAUCCUCGCGCGUACCUCGCAUCCCUUGGGCUCCAGCCGCGCCAGGCGGAUUGGAUUGCCACGUUUGUAGCUGUGCAUGGGUGCCUUUUGGAAGAGUGGGGCGUGCCCCGCAAGGUUGUGCGCCUGUUGAAGAACAUGCACGCGCAAUCUUGGUUCAGCUACGGGGAUGUGGACGAGGCGGUGGCGACCCGGGAGGCAGGGAUCGUGCUGUCGUUGGCCAGCGACUCCCUGCCACCGUGGACGCAAGCGGCCCCGAGUGCAGUAG